UAAUAUUACAUCCUCGAGUAUGUGAUUUCAAUGUUUGAUAGAUUCGAUGGUUUCUUUAGCCAAAAUGACAGAAAUAAUUGUGAAAAAAAACCUAGUGAGGGUCCAUUGUAUAUUGUUGGUUAACAAAUUACAUGUAUAUGUACUACUAAAGGAGGGCUGGUGAUUACAUGUACUACAAAACAUCGUGCAAUAAAUGUCUAUUAAUUUGCAUAAGUUAAUUUAUUACAUACAUAAAGAUUUACAGCUUUCGGUUUGAUAAAUUUUAAUACGUACACAAAAAGAAUUGGUAAGGAUACAAUGGGAACCGACACAAAGAAAGAAGUAGACAAACAGACAACAAAUGAAGACAUUCCGUUGACAAAAUUUCAGAUCCUUCGGAAUGUAUUUGUCGUCAGCAUUGGAUUUGUCUUUCUUUUUACAUCCUUUCAGUCGUUGACAAAUCUUCAAAGUACUCUUAACAAGGACGAAGGGAUCGGCACAGGAGGAUUGUCCAUCAUCUAUGGAGCUCUUGUUAUAUCAUGUAUGUUUGUGCCUUCGUUUGUGAUUAACCAUAUUGGUUGUAAAUGGACCAUUGCUGCCUCUAUGAUCUGCUACAUUCUGUAUAUGGCAGCCAAUUUCCAUGCUGUGUGGGGUCUUAUUGUCCCAGCAUCUAUUAUCAUCGGUCUAGGUGCUGCACCUUUGUGGUCUGCUAAGUGUACAUAUCUAACAAAAACAGCUGUCUGGUAUGCGAAAUUGACUGGAGCAACAGAAGAUGACGUCAUUAACAGAUUUUUUGGUUUCUUUUUUAUGGUUUUUCAGACAAGUCAAAUUUGGGGAAAUCUGAUAUCAUCUGAAGUAUUUAGUAAAUCAAAGUCUAACUCCACCGCAACAGCAGAUGAACUUGCAGAAUGUGGAGCAAAUUAUGACCCAGGUAGAGAGGUUAACAAUACUAAUCUUGAUAGACCUGAUAUUACAAAGGUGUAUACUGUAUGUGGAAUUUAUUUGGCUAGUGCCACGAUCGGAUUUCUCAUUAUUGUUUUCUUUCUUCAAAACAUACCAGUUCAUAACGAAAAUAAAAAAGAAAAAGGCAAAUUUUCUUUUCAUUUGCUGAUUGAAACUUUUAAACAUUUCUGGAAAUCCCCAACUCAAAAGUUGUUAGUGAUUUUGACGAUGUACAGUGGUGUAGAGCAAGCAUUCAUUGCUGGAGACUUUACUAAGUCUUAUGUAGGCUGUACCAUUGGUAUUUCGAACGUAGGAUAUGUCAUGAUAUGUUAUGGUGUGGUGGAUGCCAUUUGCUCGUUCAGUUUUGGUAGACUAGUAGAGUAUAUUGGACAUAUACCAUUUUUUGCGUUAGCUUUCUUUGUUCAUGGCGGUACACAGAUUGCUUUACUCUUGUGGCAGCCGCAGCCAAACCCUACAUACAUAUUUUAUAUAGUAGCUGGUUUAUGGGGAAUUGGUGAUGCUGUAAUACAGACACAAAUUAAUGCACUGUAUGGUUACUUAUUCACAGACAACACCGAGGCAGCCUUUGCUAAUUAUCGUUUAUGGGAGUCCGUCGGUUUUAUCAUUGCUUUUGCCUGGAGUAACUUCCUAAUAACAUAUGUUAAGCUAUACAUAUGUCUUGGAUUUUUGAGUGUCGGGAUGAUGUUAUAUGUAGUAGUGGAAGUUUAUGAUAGAAGAAACAAGCAGAAGGGAUUUGACUUGAAUUGAACCUAGAUUCCAGGGAACUUGCAUAUAUCCUGAAUCUGAUUUUAGUACAUAACCGUUAGCAUAAUAUGAUAAAAUAUUGUAAACUAUGACAUAUCAAGGUAGUCCAGGUGUAAAAUCAUGUCGACCAUCUUGUAUUCCUAAUGAUCGGAAAUAGAUUUCUACUGAAAUUACUCAACUUCAGUAAUGUAGAAAAGGAAUUCAAUAACUUAAAUUCUAAUUCAUGUGAUGUAUAUUUUGGUAAUAUUUUUCCUAUUAAGAGAAAAUUAUGAUCGGUUGUAAUGAAUUGAAGUACAUACGUUUCAUUAUUUAGAAAACCUCUACCGUUUCUUUUCUCCUUUUUCCCACAAAUCAUGUCUCUCUCAUAAUGAUAUUAAAAAAAUCAGGAAACAUUCCAUAACCUAUAUAUAGCUAAUGCUUGGUCACUUAUACUUUUCUAUAGUAAAUUUUGUAAUAAUAGUGCAAUGAUUUGCUUAAAAGAAUUCAUACGGUUCAGACUGUUUUAGAGUUUUUACACUAAAUCUGUUGGAUGUAUACUGGUUGAUAUUUAGUAUAUGAAAACAUGAUUUAUUCUUUGGCUGUAAUUGGCUUUUGACAAACUUUCAGUAAUAUGUGAUUACUCUUAUAUCAUUGAUUUGUGUCUAUUGUUUUUUGCUUUGUAUCGAUUUAUUGACUUAAGCCAUUUGCAACUGAUUUUUUAUUUUCUUCUUAUGUUGUGCUGUAACAUCACUGUCCCAUGUUAGAGGACGGUUGAGCGCCCAAAAAAACAUGUUAAACCCCUCUACAUUCUUUGUGUUCAUGUCCUAAGUCAGGAGCCUGUAAUUUAGUGGUUGUCGUUGGUUCGUUUUUGUCAUACGUGUUUUUCGUAAAUUGCUUUAUAAAUCAAGCCGUUAGUUUUCUCGUUUAAAUGGUUUCAUAUUUUUAAUGUCUGUGUCUUUUACAGCUGACUACUAGUAUACGUUAUGAUUUUUUCUCAUUAUUGAAGGUCGCAUUGUGACUUUUGAACGCUUUUAUCUCAGUCAUGUUUUUACUCGAUAUAUAUAUCAUGUAUAAUUGUAGCAUAUAGCAUUACAAUAACACCGCUAUAGACUUACAUAAUAGUCCUAAUAACUCCUUAAACUCACCACUCAUAUUCUGUAUUUUGUCUUCACAAAGUUGACAUACCUUAACCAUUAUUAUCAUGCUGUAUUGUUAAUAUUUGUAUGAUUGUUUCUUACUAAUUCUGACUUUGAAUUCAUUGUUGACGUUUGAUGCAGAUUGUACUGAUGUCCAUUAUUUUUAAUAAACCAAUAAGAAUAAUGAUAAA